UCUUUGCACGUAGCGUUUCGCCAUCCGCCCGCCCCCAGAAUGCACCGCGAGGUCCGCAGCCUAUUGACAAAGAAACAACAACAAGAGGGUUGUUGAUCGGGAGCACAAACAACCCGCCGACGGCACCGAUGGUACCCGAACCCGCCCGCUGACAGCCAGUACCGUGCCAUUGCCCUGAGGCCAUGAGAGCGGGAAGUGCCAUCUCCACCUAACGGGAGUUUACACAGCUUGAUAGUUUGUGGAGAGAGGCGUGGGGGGCCCAGGCAGACCGUGGACGGGGAAGGGGAAGAGCUCAGCUGGAGCCAAUGCAGCAGCAGCAUCGACAGCCUGAGCUGGUGGAAGGAAGCCUUCCCGUGUUCGUGUUCCCCACUGAGCUCGUCUUCUACGCAGAUGAGCAGACGUCUCACAAGCAGGUGCUCACCCUCUACAACCCCUAUGAGUUCGCGCUCAAGUUUAAAGUGCUGUGCACAGCGCCAAACAAGUACACUGUGGUGGAUGCCACCGGAGCCGUCAAGCCACAGUGUUGUGUUGACAUAGUAAUCAGACACAGAGAUGUGCGGGCAUGCCAUUACGGGGUGUACGACAAGUUCCGACUGCAGGUGUCGGAGCAGAGUCAGCGGAAAGCUCUGGGUCGCAAAGAGGUGACAGCCACACUCCGCCCCUCGGCCUCACAGGAGCCGCCCAGCCCCCGGCCCCAAGAUGAGGAGCGCAGAAUCAAAGAGCAGUUUGCAGACAGCGAGUUUUUUGAACAGACUGCAUUUCAGACAGAGAGCCGUCCUGUUGCUGGAGGCCCCAGUCUGCUGACGGUGCUGCUGGGGCUGGUGUGUAUGGCCGCCCUGAUGCUCCCGACGCUGGGCGAGCAAGAAUCGACUGUGCCUGUCUACCUCCACUUAAGUGUUAACAAGAAACUUGUAGCUGCUUAUGUUCUUGGUCUUCUUACAAUGGUCAUCCUGCGCACAUGACGUGCUGUGAGCCGCGAGGAGGAGUGAAAAUGAUCUAAACAGGAGAACAUUCUCACACCGGAGGCACUGCUACGCUUCAAUGAGUACUGACAGCAGGGGGACGGGGUAGUCAAGUCACCCGAAACUCUGAAAAAUACAUUUUAGUAUACUUGUUUUCAAAUCCACAUACUUGUGUGAAUACAUACUUGUGUGAAUACAUACGUUGACACAAUGCCGAACUGAUGCAAAAAGCGUAGACCUCCAGUGUGAAUGUCAAAUGUCUGGCCCUGAGCAGGGCCCGUGAAGCAACAUGCGGCCAUUCAAAGUGUUGUCUGGCCUCAUAUUCCCUGUGUCUGUAUUUUUAUUGCCAUUAUGUAACAGAAUAUGGUUAACUUGAGUGUGAAGGACGAGCGGACAUGAUACAUGUACAUAAAGGCCAUUACAAUUUUGUUAUGGUAUUCACCUGUAACCGUCAUUAUAUUGAUGUUUUAAAGCAUUUUUUGUGUAGACUCUGAGGACUGAAUGCAGUCAUUUGCAUGUGUGGAUACCUUAUCUGGAGGAGUUUUUAUUUGUUUCCAGCAGUGCGAUACUUUUACAUGUCACCAAAGGAAAGAUGGUUUGUUUGCCGUACUAUAUCGAUGCUUCAUUGAACGUUUAAUAAAGUCUCAAUACAGCA